CUGUUCUGUUGGGCACUUUGUGAAGACUACGGUCCCUCUGUCGCAUUCGAAAUUACUCCAACAUAGACAUUUGCUUCUUCAAACCACUCGUCUGGUCUAUCGUCGAUUGUGCAACUCCGCGCAUGCACACAUAAGGUUUCCGCCUGUUGCAUCGCGGACAGCUAUUUUGCGAAAAGAUUAUUCCAUUCUCCUGAGAGAGCAAUCAAGAACUAGUCUAUCAGUCAGUAAGUUAACUACAGUCAAGACUAGCGCUGGCAUGGCAGACUUGGAAACAAAGAAAGACAUAAUCACACGUGUGGAGAUUUCUCCUCAGCUAUACUAUAAUCUUUCUUUCUCCCCCGGAGAUACCACCACCAGUGACGCGUUGACCUAUCCCCUUCCUCGUCAAGACGAGCUGCCCAAGCUGCCCGCGUUGCCGGAAAGCUGGCGCUAUGCACCCCACCUCUCGUCAACUGAUUUAGAUGUAUAUGGUCGCCCACUGAUCAGUCGUGGCUGGCGGGUCAUUCCUGCAGGGGAGUCUUCCGAGACUGGACUUACACUGGCAAUAGCAUCAGAGUAUCAGUUUUCGAGGUAUAAAACCGCGAGAGAGUUCUUGAACCUCCUAUGCGACAUGAGCAGUGAAGAGAAGCACCAUGCUAGGAUAACGCUCGACCACAAGACCGUGUCAGUCCAGCUCCAAACACACACUGCACAUAUUGCAAGCACCGACAAUGCCGACAAUCGUGUCGUGUACAAGGUAUCUGGGCUGACAGCGCGCGACAUCCGCUGGGCGAUUCGGUGCGAACAAGUACGAACCAACAUGGUCGAUAUGGCCACCGUGCAAAUCUCUCAGGAAGAGUUGAUUAGAACGCAGAGGCACUCGAUGAAAUGCCUCCUCUGGCGGUACGGGGGCAAAACUGAGCUAAUUACAUCUUAGCAGUGGUAGCCAUGUUAGCUCCUGUGCGAUUGUUUUUCGUAACAAGUAGCUCAGAAUUGAACCACCUUUUUGG